GAAGAUUCAUUGUGGACUUUAUACCUCAGACACAUGAUAGUGUCCUAUGAAACUCCAUUACGGCAUCACGGGAUCGACCUUUACCAGAAAGCCAAUCAAGGUGGCAUUCUCUCAAUUCUCUGUUCUUGAAGGUUUCAGCCAAGAACAGCACUUCGAAGGCUUCGCAUCUACCGGGUUCUACAUUUGAUUGAUUCAUCUACCUCUCUAUCGUAGCUGGAUUCAGCCUUGGUUACGAAAUGGGGCUGUUGGAGGCCUUCCUCAGCUGGCUCCGGAGUUUGUUUUUCAAACAGGAAAUGGACCUUUCUGUUAUUGGACUUCAGAAUGCAGGGAAAACAUCUCUUGUUAAUGCUAUUGCUACUGGAGGCUAUAGUGAAGACAUGAUUCCAACUAUUGGAUUCAACAUGCGAAAGGUCACAAAAGGAAAUGUAACCAUAAAGUUUUGGGAUAUUGGUGGGCAAAGGAGGUUCCGCACCAUGUGGGAGCGUUAUUGUUGUGGGGUCUCUGCCAUUCUAUAUGUAAUUGAUGCCACAGAUAGAGAUAGUGUUCCUAUAGCUCGAAGUGAAUUGCAUGACCUGCUCACGAAACCAGCCCUAAGUGGCACUCCCCUGUUGGUUCUUGGUAACAAGAUUGAUAAGUCUGAAGCUCUUUCCAAGCAAGAAUUGGUAGAUCAGCUGGGUCUGGAAUCCCUAGGAGACAGGGAGGUCUGCUGCUACAUGGUCUCAUGUAAAGAUUCUAUAAACAUAAACGUUGUCAUCGAUUGGCUUAUCAAACACUCAAAAACCGCAAAUUGAUUCCAUUCAAAGCUUUCAUGAGAUUUUUUUCUGUCCAGACCUAUUCAGAUCAAUGUUAGAGAAUCAAACUUGAAUAUCCAUGCGUGUUAAUGGAAAUCUUCCGGGCAAAAGCUGCUCUGCACCAAAGUGCUUCUGUGCGUAUUCUCCCAUGAGAAGUACAUUGUACAGGAUAGAAUGAUUAAUCUAAUUCUUUGUGCAUAUUUUUUUUUUCUCUUGACUGUUAUGUGAAGCUUUUUGAUUGUACUGUAUAUGUUGUUGUGAAGCCUGUUGUAUCAAUGUAAUUAAAAGAAUACUUUGUAUUGCACAAUAUUUGUUUGUAAUUAAAGGAAUACUUUGUAUUGCAA